CUUGGUUUUACUCUUGGCAAUGUGGUUGGGAUGUAUCUGGCUCAGAACUAUGAUAUUCCUAACAUUGCAAAGAAGCUUGAAGAUUUUAAGAAGGAUGUGGAAGCUAAGAAGAAACCUCCCAGCGACAAGUCCUAAGAGAGCAAUGUUACCCAGGUCACCUCUGUGCAUGCAUCAAGGAUGCAAUUUACCUUUCGGGCAACAAAGAUCAAGUAUAGGGUUGGCAUUGGAGGUUCCUCCACUUUUAGUCUCGUAGAACUGGAAUGUCCCUCUUUUGAAAGAGCAGCUGUGAAUUUUUCCUGGGACUGAUUUUCAAGGGUUUCAGAAUUUGGAUUUGCAGCUGAUGUGUGACUGGAUAAGAUUGUAUUUUUCGUUAUUGCUUUUCCUAAUAUUUUGUAACCCAUUUUUACCUGAUCCAAAUGGAGUCCUAUUAGUCCUGUUACUAUGCGUACCUCACACUUUGUUAUACCCUAGGUCUUAGAACAUUGCAAAAGAAAUUAAAUGUAUGAAGAAGUAA